AUGAGAGAAAUAUAUAUGAAAACCGGCCAAGGCUUUCUCCUCGUCUACUCAAUAACAAGUCUCAACACGUUGACCGAACUCUCCGACCUCCGUGACCAGAUUCUGCGUAUCAAGGAAGCCGAAAGCGUCCCGAUCGUCAUCGUCGGCAAUAAAUCGGACCUCGAGGAAGAUCGUGCUGUCCAUAGCAACCGCGCCAUCCACCUUUCAGAGAAAUGGGGCCGUGUCCCAUUCUACGAGACCUCAGCAAGAAAACGACAGAACGUGGAUGAGGUGUUUUUGGACCUGUGCAGGCAAAUGAUGAGAGCGGAUGCGAAUUCCGGCUGGGGUUCAGAUGGAUAUGGCAAAGAGAAACCGCCCGGAGGAAAAAAACCGCCAAAAACGUCGGGCGGGAGACAGGGUAGAUCAAGAUUCUGCGUAAUCCUAUAA